AUGAUCUCUAAGCAAACAAGGGAUAAAACAGGAAUUCACACUCGGCUCUUCUGGCAACCUCCCCAAUUUGAACUGGCUUUUAUUUUUACUCUUGUUCUAAGGCCAGCACGGGUGCCAUCGACCUCAAGAUUCCUGAAUCCAUAUGUAGUAUGUUUUGUUGUUGUCGCCGGGGUGCUGAUCCUGGCGGUGACCAUAACUCUACUUGUCUACUUUCUAGCUUUUGAUCAAAAAUCUUACUUUUACCGUAGCAGCUUUCAAAUCCUAAAUGUUAAAUAUAGUGAUCAGUUAAAUUCACCAGCUACACAGGAAUACAGGACUUUGAGUGGAAGAAUUGAAUCUAUGAUUACUGACACAUUUAAAAAGUCAAAUUUGGGAAAUCAGUUCAUCAAAGCUCAUGUUGUCAAAAUGAGACAAGGUGGUACUGGUGUGAUAGCAGACGUUGUCAUGAAAUUUAAAUUCACUAGAAAGAACAACGGAGCAUUAAUGAAAAGCAGAAUUGAAUCUGUUUUACACCAAAUGCUGAAUAACUCUGGAAACUUGGAAAUAAACCCUUCAACUCAGAUAACAUCAAUUACUGACCAGGAUACAAUAAAUCUUUUCACUCAAGAAUGUGGGGCCCGUCCGGACCUAAUAACAUUGUCCGAGGAGAGAAUCAUAGGAGGCACUAGGGCUGAGGAAGGAGACUGGCCGUGGCAAGUCAGUUUACGGCUGAAUAAUGUUCACCACUGCGGAGGCGUCCUGAUCAGUAACACGUGGAUCCUGACAGCAGCUCACUGCUUCAGAAGCUACUCUGAUCCUCGGCAAUGGAUUGCCACCUUUGGUAUUUCCACAACAUCUCCUACACAGAGAAGAGGAAUAAGGACUAUUAAAAUCCAUAACAAUUAUAGACCUGCAACUCAUGAAAAUGAUAUUGCAGUUGUGGAACUUGACCUAAGCAUCACCUUUACCAAAAAUAUCCACAGGAUAUGUCUCCCAGAGGCUACCCAGAAUAUUCUACCUGGUUCCACUGCUUACGUAAUAGGAUGGGGAUCUAGAAAAUAUGGUGGCAACACAGUUGCAGAUCUAGAGCAAGCAAAGGUCAAUAUAAUAAGUAAUGAUGUAUGUAAUGCACCAGCUGGUUAUGAUGGAGCAGUCUUGCCUGGAAUGCUAUGUGCCGGACUACCUCAAGGUGGAGUGGAUGCAUGCCAGGGUGACUCUGGUGGCCCACUAGUACAACAAGACUCCCGGCGGCUGUGGUUCCUCGUGGGGAUAGUAAGCUGGGGGUUUCAGUGUGGUCUGCCAGAUAAACCAGGAGUGUACACUCGAGUGACAGCCUACCGUGACUGGAUAACCAAACAAACUGGGAUCUAG